AUGAAUGAUCCUUCGAUGCUGGUGAGCCGGGUGGCGGAUCUGGAACGGCAGAUCGCCAUGUAUGAGAAGUUAUUCCAGACUUUCAGCGCGAAAUUGGACCACCAUUUCAAGAAGUAUGACCUAGUGAUCAACACACAGCAGCAACAGAUCAAAGCGCUAAACGACGUGAUAGCAACACUCCUCAAUGACCAGUACCGGUACUCGGGCAUUCUGCGAGACAAACUGACAGACUCGCUGGACGGGAUCGCUGCCACAAGCACGUCGCUGCAUGAUUCGGGUGCCGACCCCAAGGCGCACGCGCGGGGCGCGCACGACAAGGGCUUUAUUGCGGGCCAGGAUGGUGGGUUGGCGGAGCCCAGCAGCACUUCAAGCACGAACGAGUCCCUGAACUAUGGAAGCAGCGUCAACGCGCUACUGGGCGACAUUAUCUCGCCUGAGUCGCUCACAACCACACCCAACCAGCCGGGGCUGCCGAGCCUGCCCGUAAAACGUGCGUUCGCGAACCCGAACAUGGAUUAUUCGCCCAAGCGUAUGAGCAUGGUCGAGACCCCCACCGACGCCAAGCUGCCGUCGGAGCAGGAGCACCACAACAUGGCAUACGCGAGUUUUAAGAGCACUGGCGACUUUUCAAGCCUUGACAACGACGGCGGACGCGACGCAGCAUGCCACGCUGCCUCCGUAAGAGUUACAGAGGGCAGCUCUUCCUACGCCGGCGACGAUAUGCGUUUGGACGCGGACGCCAACUGCGCUCCGCAGCUGCCGCAGCCCGGUGACAGAGAUGAAGAGGACGCGGCAGGUGCCAAACCUGACGGCGCGGACCCAAACGUCAAAGAAGAGCUUUACUACACGUGCCGUGGCCAGCGCAAGAAACGCAGCGUAUUUGUGGGUGAGUUUCGGUUCCUUUCGUCGCCACAGUCCGUGAUGGAGAUAUGGAAAGAGUACACAGAAGGAUUUGCUGGUCAACCGUCUUUGAAGGAUAUGGAACUCACUUACCACACAAGUUGGAGGCGCGAGCCCGGCGUAAGUAAAAAGUUCUUUCGCCGCAAGGUCCUAUGCAGGGCUAUCGAGAAGGGCCUCGAACGAGGCUACCAGUUGCAAGAGAUUGUCGAUAUUCUAGAAAAAUGCAGAUUAAUAGACCCAGAAAAAGGGUUAAAGCAACCAAUUGGUUGGCUAUGCCGUCAUUCUAAUGUUCCUGACGUUUUUAAAUAG